GACAUUCUAUGAUAAUCUUGCGCGAAUAGACUUUGGACAUACAAUUUGCCAACAUCCAACUUGCGGUAGCUCUGGGGUGCUUAAUUGACGCCAAUUUAUUUGUGCUGAAGUUUCCAGUGAGCAGAAAGAAAUUUCACCAUGUCCCGAGUAUUAGUUGGAGUAAAGCGUGUUAUUGACUAUGCCGUGAAGAUUCGCGUUAAGCCGGACAAAUCCGGUGUCGUCACUGAAGGGGUCAAGCACUCCAUGAACCCUUUUGAUGAAAUUGCUGUAGAAGAAGCAGUCAAAUUGAAAGAGAAAAUCGCCACUGAGGUGGUGGUUGUUUCGGUUGGUCCUUCUCAAUCCCAGGAAGUACUCCGUACGGCCCUUGCCAUGGGGGCAGAUCGUGGAAUACAUGUAGAGGUAGCAGGCAAGGAGUUUGAUCUUCUUCAGCCUAUACAUGUUUCGAAAAUACUGGCCAAACUCGCACAAGAUGAGAAAGCGGAUCUAGUGAUUCUCGGUAAGCAAGCCAUCGAUGAUGAUUGCAAUCAGACGGCGCAGAUGACUGCCGCUGUGUUAGAUUGGCCACAGGCUACUUUCGCCUCUAAGGUCGAAAAGAAGGAGACAUUAAAGGUCGUGCGCGAGGUGGACGGUGGACUGGAAACCAUUAAGACUAAGAUGCCGGCAGUAGUUAGUGCUGACUUGCGUCUAAAUACCCCACGCUAUGCUACCCUUCCCAACAUCAUGAAGGCAAAGAAGAAACCGAUAAAGAAACUUGCACCGAAAGAUUUGGGAGUUGACACAACGCCCCGUAUCGAAAUUGUCUCCAUCGAAGAUCCUCCUGUCAGACAAGCUGGAUCCAUACUGCCGGACGUGGACACUUUGUUGACCAAACUGCGUGACGGCGGUCAUAUCAAGUAGGAGUCUCUGAGUGGAGUUAGGUAAACUUCACAGUGAAUGUUGCCGAGGUAGUAAUGUUUCAAGGUUUUGGGGGUUAUUAGCUUGUCAAUCAAAUUGUGAAUAAAAAUUAAACUGCUAUAGUUUAUCCGUUUCGCACAAAAA